AUGCUUUUUAAAAGAUUUUUUCACAAAUAUCCAGGGGGAAGCAAAAUAAAGUGUUAUAUAAAAAAAAAAUUAAAUGUCAGUUUAUUUCAUCAACCUCAGUAUUCAAAAAACUCAAAAUGUUAUAUUGACUGGAGAUACUGCUCGCCGAAAUCGGGUUACGAAUAUAUGUAUAUAUAUGGAGAAAACACCAUAGAAAUAACAAAUUUACCGAAUAACAAAACAAAUGAAUAUAUUCAAGAGAGACUAAGAAAAAGCUUGAACAAGUAUGGAAGGUUAAAAAUUAUAAGAUGUUUAAGUAACAGAAAUGAUCCUUAUAUAAACAACAAUGUAUGUUAUGCUACGUUUUAUAACAAAAGAGAUUUGCUCAAAUGUAUUCGAAAUGUAAAUAUAAGGUUCCCUUUAUCAUUACAAUAUAAAAUAUUAAAAUUUAAAAGUUUAUAUAAUAAUAAAUGUAAUGACUAUAAUUAUUUCUACAAACAAGAGCAUUAUAAUUACAGUACUAUAAACAUAGCUUUAAAUUUAUUUAAAUAUUUACAAUAUAACAAUUGUAUAAUAAAUAUUAAAAAUAUAUAUAAGUAUAUAUUUGAGUAUUCCUAUUUAUCACACAAAAUAAUAACCUCAGGAAUUUCAGUAUACAAAGUAUUUACGAACUGGACAAACUUUAUAGAUUUCUUUGAUAAUAUAUUUAUGAAAACAAACAAAGACAAUGAAAUCUUUGUCAGUGCUAAAAUUGUAGAUGAUCAAAACUUACGUAUUUAUUUAAAUAAUAAAUUAAUAGAACUAAAAAAAAAAACAAAUUUGUUAAAUUCCGUAUAUUGGAGACAGGACGCCUUGCAACUGCCAGAGGAAAUAGAACAGAAAAUAAAUAAUGAUCGCCCAAAAAAAUUAAAGGAGGAAUUACAACUUUUGUCAAAGACAAAAGACUUUUACAAGAUUCAUGAUGAGAGGCACAUAUUUAAAUUAAAGUUGAACAAGGAACGGAAGGAAAAAAAAAGAUUACUGAAAAAUAGGAACGCAAAAUAA